AUGGAAACACACCAACUGCUCCAGCACGCCACACAGCUCUGGACAGGCUCUCGGACGCUUGGCCCCGCCCGCGUCGCCUUCCGCGCCAACUCGCCUUCGCCCUCCUCGGUUUCUGCGCGCGACACAAGUCGGCUCGGUCGCCUUCUCUCGAGGACGCGCCCUGCGACGGAAGCGAAGACGUUCAAGACGAGAGACAGGAGUCUCAGCGACGAGCAGGCCGAUGGAGAGAAGAAGACCGAUGGAGAGAAGAAGGCCGAUGGAGAAGAGAAGAAGGCCGAUGGAGAAGAGAAGAAGGCGGAUGGAGAGAAGAAGACCGAUGGAGAGAAGAAGGACGAUGAAGAGAAGAGAGAGGAGGUGAGGAACAAGUGA